AUGGAUGAAAAGCUUAUUGCUGUACAAGAGAUAGAAAAGGUGAUUGUUGGAGGUGAUGCAAAUGGGCAAAUGGAAAAGAACAGAGACAUGAUAGAGAGGGUAUAUGGAGGAUGGGGAGUAGGGGAGAGAAAUGGCGAAGGGGAGAGGAUAGUAGAUUAUGCCAUGGGAUCUAAUUUGGAAACAUCUACUCGGAUGCCAAAUUAUUUCAAGAUGAAUUUCAACCUAAGCAAGACUUCACAAGCUAUCUACUACUGUUAUCCAUCUGUAAACAAUUCGUGUCGCAGGCAAGUUCUUUCUCUGCAAAAUCACAUCCUGCUCUACACAGUACUCUGGGCAACGGUGAUCUUCACUGUUUCUGGAAACUUAUUGGUCAUCAUCACCAUCUCACAUUUUAAGCAGCUUCAUACACCAACCAAUUGCCUUGUUUUGUCUUUGGCAGUCACCGAUUUACUUCUGGGGGGAUUUGUGAUGCCACCCUUAACUGUUCAACUUGUUGAAAGUUGCUGGUAUCUGGGAGAUGCAUUCUGCAAACUGUAUCUCAGCACAGUAAUCAUGCUGUGCACAGCUUCUGUAAUACAUCUUUCUUUAAUAUCAAUUGAUCGUUAUUUUGCAAUAUGCUAUCCUUUACGGUAUCAAGCUAAGAUUACUGUGUCUGUAACUGUAAACUUGAUCUUGUUUUCAUGGAUUCUCUCCGCUGUACUUGGAUAUGGAAUUAUAUACCUAGAAUUGAACCUAAAAGGCAUUGAAGAAUUUUAUUACCAAAAUGUUAAAUGUGUCGGGAGCUGUGUUUUAAUGCAAAAUGAGGUAUCAGGUUUAAUUUCAUCACUCUUUACUUUUUAUUUACCUGGAUUUACUAUGAUUUGUAUUUAUCUGAAAAUAUUCAGUGUAGCACGAAGACAAGCCAGGUCUAUUACAGAUACAGUGCAGCAGAACCAGUCAGCCGAAGAAAAGCGAAAUGCAGCAUCAAGGACAAGAGAAAGAAAAGCUGCAAAAACAUUAGCCAUUGUUAUGGGGGUGUUUCUUUUAUGCUGGUCUCCUUUCUUUGUGUGCAACAUCAUUAAUCCAGUUUUAAAUCACCCAGCUCCUGAUAUUCUUAUAACAGCUCUUGCAUUCUUUGGUGACAUGAACUCAACAUUUAAUCCACUUGUCUAUGGUUUCUUUUACAGCUGGUUCAGAAAAGCUGUUAAAUUAAUAGCAAAUGGAAAGAUCUUUCAGCGUGACUCUUCCAGAACAAAACUGUAUAACGAUUAA